UCCUCUCAUGGGAUCGGCAGUAGACAGUGGGUGGGUCCUGUCCCUGUCCCUAGCUGCCAAAUGCGGAGGACUCCCCGCCGACUCCUACCGCCUCCUCUCUCUUGCCACCGCGGUGCUUCUCUUCGGCCUGGCCACUGCUUUUCUCCACUGGGCUUCACCUGGCGGCCCAGCCUGGGGAAGGUAUUGGUGGAGCCAAAAAAUGCUCCGGCGCGCCGAGACAACAAUCCCGGGGCCAAGUGGCCUCCCCGUCCUAGGGAGCUUGGGCAUCAUGGCCGGCCUGGCCCACCGAAAGCUAGUUGCCGCCGCCGAGGCCUUGGACGCCAGGCGCCUUAUGGUACUCAGCCUUGGCCACACCAAGGUCGUAGUCACGUCCAACCCCGACGUCGCGAGGGAGAUCCUCAGCAGCUCGGCCUUUGCCGACCGGCCUAUCAAGGAGUCGGCAUACGGGCUCAUGUUCCACCGAGCUAUCGGCUUCGCCCCUUACGGCGCCUACUGGCGCAAGCUGCGGAGGAUCGCUGCUACUCACCUCUUUUCACCGAAGCAAAUCACUGCCUCUGCGCUGCAGCGCGCACAGAUCGCUGCCAAGAUGGUGGCGGCUUUCAGCAGUGUCGAGGCCAAGAAAGCAGUCCAGCUCCGGAGGAUCCUCAAGCUGACCGCUUUGAGCAAUGUCAUGCUUUCCCUGUUCGGGAGAAAGUACAAGCUCGAGUUCGGCCGGGAGAGUGAGGAGUUGCAGGAGCUGAGGUGCAUGGUGGAGGAAGGCUACGACCUCUUGGAGCUCAACUGGUCGGACCACCUCCCCAUCCUAGCUAGCUUGGACCUCCAGAAAAUCCGAUCCAGGUGCUCCCGGCUGGUUCCCAGCGUUAGCCGGUUCAUGAACCGUAUCAUCGACAAGCAUCGGGCUGGAUUCGGUAACGAAUCGGAAACUACCCCUGGUUUCGUCGACAUCCUGCUGUCAUUGCAGGGCAUGGACAGACUAUCCGAACCAGACAUGGUUGCCGUCCUCUGGGAGAUGAUAUUAAGGGGUACGGACACUGUGGCCGUGCUGAUGGAGUGGGCGCUGGCGUGGCUUGUGCUCCACCCGGACGUGCGGGCGAGGGUCCAAGAGGAAUUGGACCGAGUGGUGGGCCGGAAGCGGGUAGCAACGGAAUCUGACAUGGGGUCGCUGGUGUACCUCCAGGCGGUGUUGAAGGAGACGCUAAGGUUGCACCCACCGGGCCCGCUCCUCUCGUGGGCCCGGCUGGCAACGUCCGACGUGGUGGUCGAUGGGUGGUUCGUGCCGGCAGGGACCACCGCAAUGGUGAACAUGUGGGCCAUUACCCACGACCCGACCGUAUGGGCAGACCCGAUGGAGUUCCGGCCAAACCGGUUCCUCGGACCGGACGGCGCCGAGUUCCCGGUUUCGGGCUCGGACCUGAGGCUGGCACCGUUCGGGUCGGGUAAGCAGAGCUGCCCGGGAAAGGCUCUCGCCAUGGCGACGGUCAGCUUCUGGGUGGCGUCGCUGAUGCACGAGUUCGAGAUCUCGCCACCGGAUCAUACACGUGUCGAUUUAUCCGAGGUCCUAAGGCUCUCGUGCGAGAUGGCAGUUCUCCUGACCGUUAAAUUGCAACCGCGGCGCAGGAUCGAUUAAAGUAGUAACGUGCUUACCGACUGCUCUC